UUUGAACGAAGAACUCGAUCAAGAAGAAGAAGAAAAGACGCAAAAAAGCAGAGGAGGAGGACCGGCCCCCAACGCAGCCCCCAGACCAGUGCAGCUCUCCAGGCGAUGCCAGUGUAAAUGCCAGGGCAAUGUCCCGUCGCAAGCAGGGAAACCCGCAGCACUUGUCACAAAGAGAGAUUAUCACACCAGAGGCUGACCAUGUGGAACCGGCACUCGCCGACGAGGAUGAGAGCCUGGCAAUAGCAGAGCCAGGUGGCAUCAGCAUCGCUGCAGGUGGGACAGACCCCGACUUGUUAACCUGUGGACAGUGUCAGAUGAACUUCCCGCUGGGAGACAUCUUGGUUUUUAUAGAGCACAAGAGAAAACAGUGCAAUGGCACUGGUGGUGUCUGCUAUGAAAAGAGCAUGGAUAAGAGCAGCCCUCCCCCCUCCUCACGCGCCGAGCUCAGGAAAGUGUCAGAGCCAGUGGAAAUCGGGAUCCAAGUCACACCCGAUGAAGAAGACCGUCUUCUCACGCCUACAAAAGGAAUUUGCCCCAAGCAGGAGAACAUUGCAGGGCCGUCCAGGCCUGCAAACCUGCCGGGGGCUCCAAUAGCUGCCUCCUCCCACCCUCACACAUCCGUCAUCACGUCACCUCUCCGCGCACUGGCCUCUCUCCCGCCCUGCCUUAGCCUGCCCUGCUGUGGUGCACGUGCAGUCUCAGUUGGCGGGACUCAGACUGAGAUUCAGACUGAGACGUCAGGUACAUUUGGAUGUCAUUGUCAGUUGUCAGGUAAAGAUGAGCCUUCAAGCUAUAUUUGCACAACAUGCAAGCAGCCUUUUAAUAGCGCUUGGUUCUUGCUUCAGCAUGCCCAGAACACACAUGGAUUCCGCAUCUACCUGGAAACAAGCCCUUCCAACAGUUCCCUUACUCCACGCAUCACCAUCCCUCCUCCUCUGGGACCAGAGACUGUUGCACAGUCCCCGCUGAUGAAUUUCCUUGGAGACAACAACCCUUUUAAUCUUCUGCGGAUGACAGGACCCAUCUUGCGUGAACAUCCUGGCUUUGGUGAGGGUCGGCUCCCAAACACGCCUCCGCUAUUCAGCCCACCACCUCGUCAUCAUCUGGAUCCACAUCGCCUUAGUGCCGAAGAAAUGGGGUUAGUUGCCCAGCAUCCCAGUGCCUUUGACAGAGUUAUGCGUUUAAACCCCAUGGCAAUUGAGUCCCCAGCGAUGGAUUUCUCCAGAAGGCUUCGAGAGUUGGCAGGAAACAGUUCCACCCCUCCGCCAGUCUCGCCCAGUCGCACCAACCCUAUGCAUCGCCUGUUGAAUCCUUUCCAGCCAAGUCCUAAAUCACCUUUUUUGAGCACCCCACCACUGCCCCCCAUGCCCCCAAGCAGCACUACGCCUCCCCAGCCUCAGGCCAAGAGUAAGUCCUGUGAAUUCUGUGGGAAAACCUUCAAGUUCCAGAGCAACCUUAUCGUCCACCGGCGUAGUCACACAGGAGAAAAGCCCUACAAAUGUCAGCUAUGUGACCAUGCUUGCUCCCAAGCCAGCAAGCUAAAGCGUCACAUGAAAACGCAUAUGCAUAAAGCUGGCUCCAUGACAGGCAGGUCAGAUGAUGGACUGUCCACCACGAGUUCUCCUGAGCCAGGCACGAGUGAGCUCACUGGAGAGGGACUGAAAUCCAGUGAGACAGACUUCAGGAAUGAGAGCGAUCCCUCCCUCGGCCAUGACAAUGAAGAAGAGGAAGAGGAGGAGGAGGAGGAAGAGGAGCUGGAAAAUGAGAGCAGGCCAGAGUCAAGCUUCAGUAUGGACUCAGAGCUGAGUCGUAACCGAGAAAAUGGUUCCAAAUCACUGCCAGAUGAGAAAUCCCUUGUCCUGGGAAAAGUGAUAGAGAAUGUAAGUCUCGGUGCCAUCCAGCAAUACAACGACAUGCUAGCUGAGAAACAGAAGAGGAGUAGCUUCAUGAAAAGGUCUUCUGACCAGCGAGACCUGUGUCCACGAGACCUCUGUCCAAGAGACACAGGUGAUGAAGACUCGGUGGUAGGAGAGCUGGACCGCACCGAGGAGGGGACGGUCAACGGAAGAAACUUUGGCCCAGGUGAGCCCUUCCCAAACUUGUUCCCUCGAAAGCCAACACCUAUCACAAGCCCCAGCUUAAACAACUCAUCUAAACGAAUAAAAGUUGAGAAAGAUUUGGACUUGCCACCAGCAACAAUAAUACCUUCCGAAAACGUUUACUCCCAGUGGCUGGUAGGGUACGCAGCAUCGAGGCACUUCAUGAAGGAUCCGUUUCUAGGAUUCACAGACUCCCGACAAUCUCCCUUCGCCACCUCUUCCGAGCACUCAUCUGAGAAUGGGAGCCUGCGUUUCUCCACCCCGCCGGGGGACAUGCUGGACGGGGGGCUCUCAGGGCGCAGUGGCACGGCCUCCGGAGGCAGCACCCCUCACAUCAGCGGCCCAGGUCCUGGGCGACCCAGUUCGAAGGAAGGGCGCAGGAGCGAUACAUGUGAGUACUGUGGCAAGGUCUUUAAGAACUGCAGCAAUUUGACGGUGCACCGUCGGAGCCACACUGGAGAGCGGCCUUACAAAUGCGAGCUCUGCAACUAUGCAUGUGCCCAGAGCAGUAAGCUGACGCGUCACAUGAAAACGCAUGGCCAGAUAGGGAAGGAGGUCUACCGCUGCGACAUUUGCCAGAUGCCCUUCAGUGUUUACAGCACCCUGGAGAAACACAUGAAAAAGUGGCAUGGAGAACAUUUGCUGACAAAUGACGUCAAAAUUGAGCAGGCAGAAAGAAGCUAAGGCCCCCCUCCCCUCCCCCGCUAGGUUAAAUUUCAGGGGUCUAGGUAACAUUUUAUUUGUACAGUUUUAACUAUUGCCAACUGAGAAAAGAUGACCUAACUUGCCUCCGUAAACAUUACUUAGCAUAACUAUGGUA